AUGGUUGCCUUCCUUGCAAGCCUCAUCUUGGCCCUGGUUGCCGGUGCUUUGAGCCACCCCGUCGUUCCAGCUGGCCUUGGCUUCGGCUAUGUGGCCGCUCCGGCCACCCUGAAUUACCACGUCACCCCAGCAUUCGCCCCGGUAGUCGCAGCCGCUCCAGCUGUGACGUAUCACGCUGCUCCAGCAGUUGCCACUGUCGCUGCCGCACCAGCAGCAACCGUCACUAAGGUGGACACCUACCACGCUGCCCCGGCCGUAACCAGCGUUGCUGCUGCUCCGGUAGUGGCUACCGCUCCGGCCUCCACUGUCACCAAGGUCGACACUUAUCACGCGGCUCCGGCUGUCACUAAGGUGACAACAGUCGAGACUGCUCCAGCCGUUGCCAAGGUAGCCACGGUCCACGCUACGCCUGCUGUGACCCGGGUGGACACCACUUAUCACGCCGCUCCUGUCGUAGCUUCGACCCCUGCCGUCACCAAGGUUGCUACCGUUCACGCUGCUGCUCCAGCCGUGACCCGCGUCGAUACUUACCAUGCUACCCCAGCUGUUGCAACAGUGGCUGCGGCCCCAGUAGUGGCUGCCGCUCCAGCCGUCACCCGCGUCGACACCUACCAUGCUACCCCAGCUGUUGCCACAGUGGCUGCUGCUCCAGUAGUGGCUGCCGCUCCAGCCGUUGCCGGCGUUGCUGCUGUUACUCACGCCGUGCCUGCUUUUCCUGCGUACCAUGGUGCUCCACUUGUGGCUGCCGCUGCUCCGGUCUACGGAUACGGUGUCGGAGCUUUUGGCUAUGGCCUAGGACACUACGGCUACGGAUACGGUCUUGGCGCCUACGGCCUCAACUAUGGCUACGGCCUCGGCUCUCCUUUCCACUAUUCAAACCUCCUUCUCCGCAAGAAGAAGUCAUCAGUGAGAUCGGCGGCCAGAGAUCAAGGGGCUCACGACACGUGGCAGCCGUUCCGCACCUGUCUUGUCCUGGCCCUGGCCACCUGUGCCUUUGCUGGCUACAUCGGCUACCCCUACACUUACUCCGUGGCUGCUCCGACCUAUGCUGCUUACCACGCGCCCGUUGCUGCCGCUGUGUCCACCGUGCACCACACGCCCGCUUUCACAUAUGGCUAUGGAUAUCCAGGCUACCCCUACGGACUUGGUGCCUACGGUUUGAGCUACGGAUAUGGUCUUGGUGGCCUCGGCUACACCCCAUUCCUCAAGAAGUUGUCCGGGGCAUCACAGUACUUGCAGAUGUACGAGUGCUCAGUCGAUGAGAUACGGUGA